AUGACUUCGUUUCUAACCCUUGAGCAAAUCAAAACAUUCAAUGACAAAGGCGUGUUGUGUUUACCCAAUUUCCUCUCACCCAAAGAAACCGAAUUGCUUCUACAAAGAUCACGAAACCUUAUAUCAAAGUGCAACUUAGCCAAUCAUCCAAAGACAACUUUCAAGACUUGCGAUGAUGAUAAUAUUGGCGAUCGUUACUUUUAUGAGUCAGCCGAUAAAAUAUCCUACUUUUUCGAUACUGAUGCAUUUGAUAAAGAUGGAGAGCUAGUUGUUCCCUUGGACAAGGCAAUAAACAAAAUUGGACAUGGCUUGCAUAUUCAUGAUGAAGCAUUCAAAAUAACUACGUUCAGCACAAACGUUCAGAAAAUUGCCAAAGACUUGAGUUACACAGAUCCAAGGGUAUUGCAAAGCAUGUGCAUAUUUAAACAGCCAACCGCUGGUGGUGGUGGUGGUACAAGCAAGGAUAUUUCCAGAGACAAUGCGGUACCACCACAUACCGACGCAACAUUUCUAUUCACAAAACCAAAACAAACGGCAAUUGGGUACUGGUUUGCUUUAGAGGAUUGUACAGAAGAAAAUGGAUGUUUAAAAUACUUACCAGGAAGUCACAAGAAAUACCCUGUCACUAAGAGAUUUGUACGAAUCAAUGGUUUGAAUGGCGGGUGCAAGUUUGAACAAGUUGGAGAAGAAAUACCAGUAGAGGAACGAGAGGAGGAUUAUGUGACUCUCCCAUGCAAAGCGGGAUCUUUGAUAUUAAUAAACAAUUCAGUGUUGCACAAGAGUGACAAAAACCAGCUGCAAAACUCACGAUUUGCUUAUGCUUUCCAUGUUAUUGAUGGUAUUGCUGAAUAUGAUGACAAAAACUGGUUACAAGUUCCUUAUGAAGGCGGCUCUGAGUUUUCAAAAUUGUAUACUCUGUGA